GGUCACCGUUAUCGCAGUCACAAUCCGUUCCGACACGUCCCAGUGCUAUUCGAUCAGUUACACAUCGGUGACGGGACGAUCCCAACGUACGGCACGCGCUUGUCCCGGCGACAAGAAAAUCAUUCGACGCUCGCGGCACGUGGAACCCCACCCCCUCUUCCUGCUGGUACGUGCAAAACGCCGCCGCUGCCUCCGAAAAUGUUGGUCCAGUUGAAGUGGCCCGUGGAGUGCGCGGCGUUUGUGAUCAUGCUCGCGCUGUCCAUGUCCGUAGGCCUGUACUACGGGUGCGUGCAGGGCAAACAGAACACCAUCAGCGAGUACCUGCUGGGCGGCAGGCACAUGUCCGUCUUCCCGAUUACCAUGUCGCUGAUCGCCAGUCACAUUUCUGCACUGUCAUUGAUCGGGGUUCCGUCGGAAAUAUACAACUUCGGGACACAGUAUUUAAUUGUUAUCGUAGUAAUUGCAGUAGUGUCUGUUAUGGUAUUACAAAUAUACUUGCCGAUAUUUUAUGAACUCCAACUGACAUCUGUUUACGAAUAUCUGGAACUUAGAUUCGAUUCCAGAGUCCGAGGGUUGUCAUCAUUAAUUUUUACAAUUUCUCUUUUACUAUUCGUACCGGUUAUGAUUUACAUAUCAGCCUUAGCGUUUAAUCAAGUUAUGGAUAUAAAUGUGCAUAUCGUGACUUUAAUCAUAUGUACUGUGUGUAUAUUUUACACCACUAUUGGUGGACUCAAGGCCGUGGUAUGGACAGAUGCAAUUCAGAGUGUUUUUACCUCUGGUUCAAUAAUCAUCGUUGUCAUUCUGGGUCUCAUUGAAAUCGGAGGAUUUGAUAGUCUGAUAAAAUCAAAUCGAGAAGGAGACCGAAUAGAAUUUUUCAAGAUGGACCCGAAUCCAUUUCUAAGAAAUACUUUUUGGACCAUUGGUAUUGGUAUGACGAUACAAUGGGUUACACAUCUUGGUAUACAUCCUGGCACUGUUCAACGGUUCGUGUCGUUGCCUUCAUAUAAAAAGGCUAGGUAUUCGUUGAUGUACUUUCUUCUUGGCGUGGGCGUAGUGCAAGGCUUAACCGGUUUAAUUGGAAUGUUAAUUUACGCUAAAUAUAAAGAUUGCGACCCCAUUUCGGCUAACUACAUCAAUAGUGAUAGAAAUCUAGUGCCGUAUUUUGUUAUGGAUGUCGCCGGGAAAUAUCCAGGACUUACCGGUAUAUUUAUAUCUGGUAUUAUAAGCACUUCUCUAAGUGUAAUGUCAGCACAACUUAACACUGUAUCUGGUACGAUUUACGAAGAUUUCGUGGUGAAAUUGAUCGGCAUAAAAUGUUCAGAUUUGACAGCUAGCACUAUCAUGAAAUGUACUGUCGUGAUAGCAGGAAUUAUAUGCGCAGCCUUAAUAAUUGUGGUAGAAAAAUUGAAGGGAAUAAUGCAGUUAUCACUUAGUUUGUAUGGUAUAACUAAUGGAGCGAUAAUGAGUGUUUUCACAUUGGGAAUAUGUUUUCCUCGAGCAAACUCUAAGGGCGCAAUGUAUGGGAUGUUGGCCAGCAUAGGAGUUAUGACUUGGAUUGUUUUUGGUGCUCAGAUUGCUAUUACCAAAAACGAAUUGGUAUUUGUCGAAAAAAAUGUUACUGUUGUUGGAUGUCCGACAAAUAUUACCGUGAGACGCGCGAUCGAUCUUACCGGGUUGUACCGAAUGAACGAAGAUGUGUACGUUAGCCCGAAAGUGUGGAAAAUUUACACCGUUUCGUAUAUGCACUACAGUACCAUCGGUACGUUUAUUGGAAUAAUCGUUGGAAUAGUCGUCAGUUGGUUGUUUCCCUCGGACCAGAAAGUCGAUCCUAGACUUUUGACGCCAAUUAUUCGACAGCUUAUGCAUCCAGAUUAUAAAAACAGAGAAAUGUUGAACAAAAAUGAAACUGGACAAAUAGUUUCUCUGGAUACGUUAGGACGACCGGGCUGAUAUGUGACAGCUGCUGCAGGAUCAUACAUUUUUGUGAGAGUUUUAAUAACAGUUGAUAACCCUUUUAUAAUAAUUUAAUAAUAUAGAUUUUAUAACAACAAAAUAUAAUGGUCCCGGUGUUCUAGUAUACGUUAACGGUUCAGUUUGUAUAUAACUAAUUUGAUUGGUAAUAUAGAUUUAUAUAAUUUAAUAUGACCAUUGCUUUGGGAUAAGUUCUUAUGUAUAAACUGUUUACCCGUAUUUUAGAGCACUAUUUUUCUGUAUAUUUAUUUCAAUGUAAAUACCUAGUUUUAACAAUUUUGUAC